AUGAAUAGAAAUCGGUGUUGGAACCAAGAUAUGCGGGGUCGUUCUAGAGGGGGCUUUAACAGAGGUGGGCGCGGUAGUAACCGAGGAUGGUCAUGGAACCACGGCGGAUAUAACGGACCGAACCAGAGCUUCGGUGGUGGUAAUCGCUACAAAAAAGACUGCCAACCUCAAUCCAAACAUUGGAAAAACAAAGAAAAAUGGGUAAAGAGGGAUUCUCCUGGGAAGCGUUUGUCAGAGGAUCUCAUAGGUGUCACAGAAUACAUCAGUAGCCAUGAAGGAUUCAAUGGAAUAAUUAAAUCUAGGUAUUCAGAUUUCCAAGUAUCAGAAAUGAAUGAAAAGGGCGAGAUAGCUAAGCUGACAGACACCAAGCCUCCAAUGCGGCCAUCAGAUGAGGCUGUGGAUGACGACGAAGAUCUGCUCCUCAACAAGUAUAAUUUGGAAAUCUUGCCAAUGGAGACUUGGGAUAAAAUAAACUCCCUGGCUAUUAACACUGUCAGUGAAGAUGCUGAGAACCCCAAAGUUGAGAUAGAUAUGGAAGGAGUGACCAAGGAACAACGAACUAAAAUUCAUGAUGCCGUCAAGAAGGCCUUUGGGGACAGCAUUGUGGGCAGCACUGUUAACGUUGGUGACAAGAAGUUUAUGCGCUUUGAAAAAUAUAGGAAGGGAGUACGCAUAGACAACAGAGUGAAGUGGGUUUGGCCAGGCGAGUAUGUGUACUUCAUAGUACACAAAGAAAAUUGUGAUACCAUGGAUGCGGCAGCACGAAUUGCUGAAAGGAUCGGUGUACACCUGAAGCCCUCGACCAUCGGCUACGCAGGCACGAAGGACCGGCGCGCCAAGACGUCGCAGUGGUUCAGCGCCAAGCGCGUGGACCCAGCGCGCAUCGCAACCGCCUGUCGCUACCUCAGGGACAUACAUGUUGGGAACUUCAGCUUCGACGACACUAACCUGAAGCUCGGCAUGCUCAAAGGGAACAAAUUCCGUAUUGCACUCCGUAAUGUCACAGCUGACCAAGAGUCUGUGGACUCCGCGUGCCAAUAUCUUAAAGAUCAAGGUUUUAUUAACUAUUAUGGACUGCAGAGAUUCGGUUCUAGGAUCGACACGCCCACUUUCGAUAUUGGAUUGAAGUUGUUGCAGGGGAAAUUUAAAGAGGCUAUCGACGCGAUCCUGGAGCCGCGCGAGGGUCCGCUGGAGGAGGUGCUGCGCGUGAACGCGUCGCGCGGCGCCCUGGCGGCGAGCGCGCUGCUGCCGCGCCGCGCCGCGCACAGCGAGGCGCGCCUCAUCCGCGCCCUCGCCGCCGCGCCGCACGACCUGGUGGGCGCGCUCAGCAGGGUACCAGGGUACGUACCGACCCGCCGGUCUAGCCGCGAGCCGCGGGAGGUGCCGCGCCGCACGACCUGGUGGGCGCGCUCAGCAGGGUACGUACCGACCCGCCGGUCUAGCCGCGAGCCGCGGGAGGUGCCGCGCCGCACGACCUGGUGGGCGCGCUCAGCAGGGUACGUACCGACCCGCCGGUCUAGCCGCGAGCCGCGGGAGGUGCCGCGCCGCACGACCUGGUGGGCGCGCUCAGCAGGGUACGUACCGACCCGCCGGUCUAGCCGCGAGCCGCGGGAGGUGCCGCGCCGCACGACCUGGUGGGCGCGCUCAGCAGGGUACGUACCGACCCGCCGGUCUAGCCGCGAGCCGCGGGAGGUGCCGCGCCGCACGACCUGGUGGGCGCGCUCAGCAGGGUACGUACCGACCCGCCGGUCUAGCCGCGAGCCGCGGGAGGUGCCGCGCCGCACGACCUGGUGGGCGCGCUCAGCAGGGUACGUACCGACCCGCCGGUCUAGCCGCGAGCCGCGGGAGGUGCCGCGCCGCACGACCUGGUGGGCGCGCUCAGCAGGGUACGUACCGACCCGCCGGUCUAGCCGCGAGCCGCGGGAGGUGCCGCGCCGCACGACCUGGUGGGCGCGCUCAGCAGGGUACGUACCGACCCGCCGGUCUAGCCGCGAGCCGCGGGAGGUGCCGCGCCGCACGACCUGGUGGGCGCGCUCAGCAGGGUACGUACCGACCCGCCGGUCUAGCCGCGAGCCGCGGGAGGUGCCGCGCCGCACGACCUGGUGGGCGCGCUCAGCAGGGUACGUACCGACCCGCCGGUCUAGCCGCGAGCCGCGGGAGGUGCCGCGCCGCACGACCUGGUGGGCGCGCUCAGCAGGGUACGUACCGACCCGCCGGUCUAGCCGCGAGCCGCGGGAGGUGCCGCGCCGCACGACCUGGUGGGCGCGCUCAGCAGGGUACGUACCGACCCGCCGGUCUAGCCGCGAGCCGCGGGAGGUGCCGCGCCGCACGACCUGGUGGGCGCGCUCAGCAGGGUACGUACCGACCCGCCGGUCUAGCCGCGAGCCGCGGGAGGUGCCGCGCCGCACGACCUGGUGGGCGCGCUCAGCAGGGUACGUACCGACCCGCCGGUCUAGCCGCGAGCCGCGGGAGGUGAUGGGCGCGGGCGGGCUGCGGGAGCUGGCCCGCAACAUCCGCCUGCUGUACCUGCACUCGUACCAGUCGCUGGUGUGGAACCGCGCCGUGUCGGAGCGGAUCCGACGCUUCGGCCUCAAGCCCGUCGCCGGGGACUGCGUGCCGCUGCCCAACGUCGAGAUCAAAGAUUCUCUACACGGCGAUUCGGACUCUGAAGAUGGCGAAGGAGAAGACGACGCCACUCCUACUGCAUCCGACUCCACAUUAGAAUCUGAUACCAAACCAUCGGUGAAGAAUGAUAGUAAGAAGAAGCAAAAACAUGACCCUCACAAACCCCCCCUUCCCAUCAAGAUCCUGAGCCAGGAGGAUGUGGAUACCGGCAAAUAUAACGUGUUCAACAUUGUGUUACCGUUGCCCGGAGCCUUCGUGGCCUACCCUCCAAAUAUGAUCGACUUUUACGAGGAGGUGUUGACGAAAGAUGGCUUGAAAAUGGAUAUGAAACAUAAGUUGAAGAGCUACAACAUGUCGGGCGCGUACCGCCACAUGGUGGUGCGGCCGCUGGCGGUGAGCUGGCAGCACGUUCGCUACUCCGACCCCUUUGCCGACCUCAUCGCCUCCGACCUGGACGAGCUGGACAACCGCCCCAUCACCGGAAUUGUUGAAGAUGGUAAAUACAGAGCUCUUCUUUUGAAUAUGAUAUUACCAUCCAGUUGUUACGCGACCAUGGCUUUACGAGAAUUACUCAAAGUGGACACGUCUAGCGAUAACCAAGCUCUACAGAAUAACUAUCACAAGAGGAACAAGGCAGAUCAGAAAGAGUCCGAGAGUGAGACAGUAGAAACGACCGAGUCGACGAGUGAGACAGCCAAUGAAACUAGAUCAGAAGCUGCUGCAAUAACUAAGGAGGACUCAGAGGAUGUUCAAGCAACAAAUACAGAUGAAGAGGUUAAGGCAGAAGAAGAGAAUGAAAUGAGUGAAGUAGAAGAGAACGAUUCCGAGAAUAAUGGGGAGAAGAGGAAAUUAGAGGAUGGGUACGAGGAGAUGGUUAAAAAAGUAAAGACAGAGAAUUAA